GCGGCCCGCGCGCCAGUACCGCGCGGCGCGCCGCCUUGGACGCAUUCUUUGCGCGAUUUAAUCCGCGCUCCGCGAGCCGCGAGCGCGACACAGUGCCCGCCGCGACACUGACCCCGGCCGCUGACCCACCGCGGCGACUCUUCCGUUGCUAGUGUUUACAUCGCUGGUAUACCGUAUACCCCGAGUGUGCUAUCGUGCCGCUAGUGUUCCGUGCCUGUGAUAUACGUUUGUUGCAUUUAUUGUGGACCGGUGUGCAACUGUUUCCGAAGAAAGUGAACUCCCAUCGCUGAGAAAGGCGCGGGAUACUAUCUGUAGUAAACAGAGUUCGUGUCUCGCCGCCGCUGAAGCCGCGAGUGUCGCGGCGGCGGUGAGCGACGAGCGACGACCGGUGAGCGGUAGCAGUGACCGUUGGUCGUGGAGAGCGGUGAGAGUGCGCGCGGAGAGCGUGGGGGGGCGAUGGGGCGCGCGCGGCGGCGGGCGGGAUGGCGGUGAGCUGCCCCGAGGUGAUGUACGGCGCCUACUACCCCUACCUAUACGGCCGCGGCGCCGCGCGUUCCUUCCACCACGCGCCGCACUUCCAGUACGACCGGUUGAACGUGCAGAGUGCAGGCAAUGCAGCUGGCGAGUACGGUGGCGGCGGCGCGGUGUCCGCCAGCGGCGCGCCUGCGCUUAGCUCGGGCUCGGCCUCCUCCGGCGCGCAGUCGCCCGGCUCCCCGCCGCACGCGCACUCUCUGCCGUUGCCUCAGCAUGCGCAUGCUCACGCGCAUCUCGCGCAUUCGCACAACCACCAGCCCGCACAUCACUCGCCGCGAUUGCGCACCAAGGAGGAGGACCUCUCAGCGCACGGUCGUGCUAGCGCUGAUGGCGGUGGAUCGUCAGAGUCGGAGGGCGAGUGUGGUGGAGGCGCGCGUGCGCGUGCUCAGUACGUUAGUGCUAACUGCGUCGUGUUCACGCAUUACUCCGGCGACGUCGCUGCCGUCGUCGACGAGCACUUCGCCCGCGCCCUGGCACUCGACAAGCCUAAAGAGGGCGUGCCGAUGGCGUCGCGAAACCUGCCCGCGUCGUUCUUCAACGCGGCGGCGGCGGGCCCCGCCUGCGCCGGCCUCGACCUCUACGACUACGACCCCUGGCACCAGCACUAUGCGGGGUACGGUCACGCGGCGCACCGACACGCGGCCGAGUACCACGCGGCGGCCGCGCACCACAACAUGGCGGCGGCGGGCUACGGCGGGCUGCUGCUGGGCCGCGGCUCGCUGCACGCGCAGUACAAGCCGGUGGACUGGCCGGCGCACGCGCACGCCCACGCGCACGCCGCGCACGCGCACCACGCGCACGCGCACCACGCCUCGCCGCACCUCGACCCCGCCGCCUGCUCGCCCUACUCCUACCCGGCGCCGCCCGGUCUGGAGGCGCAGGUGCAGGACACGUCGAAGGACCUGUACUGGUUCUGAGGGCUCUGAGGCUGUUGUCAGAGACACUGUUCUAGCCGUAGGCUUAUCACCCGGGAACCUCCGCUACCCAGCGAGUACGCCUUCUCCGUGGCUACCGAUAGUGCGACAGACUUCGUGUGAAC